AUGGAGAAGUCAACGGACAUCCCCACGGCAUCACAUGACGCUGGAAAAGUCGCCAUUCUGACCCCUCUCCGCUCAGAGGCCACGACACCAGCACCAACAGCAGCAGGUGGAGGAGGAGGAAAGGUGAGCGAUUCCGAGACAACAUCGCCCAUUCGCCGGCAGCCACGAGUGAGCAUCUUGCUACAGCCAGAGGAGGUGGCGACGGAGUCGCCGUCGAGUCGGCCCGUCUCUCACGGCAACUCCUCGCUGUUUCCCGGGAUUUCGGCAACAUCCACUUUGAUGUUCUCCGACCAGGCGCGCCCCAUCACAGGAGGUAUCCGCGUGGACGCCUCACGGGUGUCCGGCACCACAUCACCACCGGAGCAGCAUAAGCAGCAGAAAGACGCUCCGGUGGUGUCGAGUGGGAAGUCGCCCUCGAAGCCGGCGUCAGCGCCUCGAAGGACUCUGUCAGGGCGAACACGGCAGGUCUUACUAUCCCAGACAGCUGGUGACGAUGGGUCAACAGCAACAACAACAACGCCAACAUCAACGGCAGGGAACUCGCGGAGUCGUACUUUCUCCAUGCAAAGCGGCGAAGGUGGCUCCACGUCCACGCGGCGGAAGCUGGGUGGAAGCAAACAAGCAGGAACACCGUCACCACGAGGCAGGCGAUCGGACACUAGGCAGUUAAGAGGAGCAUCGCCCGCCGCGAGGGGCGGGAAGGCGGAGGCAACUGUCAAGAAAGGUUUAAGCCCCUCCUUACCAUCGCGGAGGCGAACACCGGAGGGCCGUAAGCGGAAGGGUCGAAAAGCACUACAAUCGACAAUUAGCGCUGAGGAGAAGGCGCGUUUGGCUAUAGACGCGCAGUAUGAAGCAGAAUGGAAGCAACUCAUACUAAAUAUAUCCAUCGAUUCCUUCGAGCCUCAGAGACGGGCAAUUCUGCAGCUUCAGGAGGAAUUGCGGAGGGUGCGUCAGACGUACGGCGCACGGGCCACACGCGCGGAGGAUGCCACAGCCAAACUGGUCAAAGGCACCCUUCACCUGCUUAAGUCAGUGGAAGUGAUAGGUUCUGCCGCGCUGGAGGAGAGCCGCAUACUCGACACGGAGGUCGCGUUCGUGGCGUCCACUGCCGCGGCCGAGGCUGUGAUUCUGCCGUGUGCGAGGGACCCCGCAUCAAACCUGUCGGAGGUGCACGUGCCGGCGCGGGAGAAGGACCCACGGGAACCGCUGGAGAUACGGAAUAUACGCGCAUUCUUCGACACGCUUUGCCGCCCGCCUGAGAGUGGGGUUUCGGAGUCAGCCAUGAAUGAGCGUAAUGUCGUGGAGAAGGCGGACGAGGUGUACGACAAAACAAUGAGUCUCACGGAUGCCUUCACGAACCUCAUCAAUCGCACUCACCGCAAGCUGCAACAGUCAAAUGAGAUGAUCAAGGCGCUCCAGCUGGCUCUCGAUGAGCGUGCCACACGGGUAAAGGUGGCCGAUGAUCUUCUGCGCGAGACAACAGCGAAGCACCGCGUUGAGGUGGACAGCGCAAUUCGGCUCUGUGGAAAGUUUGGCAUGGAGCUCCGUCAGCGGAUGGAUGCGGUGGAGAAAGAAGUACGCGAUAGUCUCGACGAGCUCAUACAGCGCAGCACAGAGGUGUGUGUGGAUAACAACGCCUUUAACGAUCACGCACAGCUGAUCCACAACAAGGAAAACACCAUGCAGUACUACAUGUCCAAGAUGGAGAAGGUGGCGGUUGAGCAAGGCAGCCUGCUCCGUGAUGUUCGUCUCAAAUUGCUUCAGCUGUGGAAAGAACGUUGUGGUGAUGGUGAUGAAGAGCGGGCGACACUGAAACACAGUGGGUUGCCAAAGUCAUAUCAUGCCGCACUGGAGGCAUGUGACCGCGACACAAUCCUCCGUCUUGUCCAUUUUGUCGCGCUCUCCAGUGAGGAUGCACGGGGUCUGCUUAUCAGCGGACUUGACGAGCAUAAAAACUUCCUCGAUGGCCACACGGCAGAGGCGCAGGCUGUAGCCCAGCGGAGCGCAAUGGAGGCGGCGGUGACGGCGUUGCUGCAGAAGCUGCAUGAGGAGGGGGAAAUCAAACUCAACCCGCGACGAUGCGAGACGGACCUCGCCGACAAGAUCAACGAUAUGGUGCUUCACUACAACCAGCAUAUGACAACACUGGAGAAAAAGCAGAGACGCGCAGCUAGAAAGGCAGUCAUGGAGGAGGCUGCCUUGCCACAUGUAUUCUUUGACAGCAGCACGCCUGUACCUGACGAAUACGCCUCUGCCAUCGCUUCGCGCACUCCAUUGAAAAUGAAGCGCCCAGCGCUCUGUGAGGGAAUUGCAAGUCGUCAAGCAACAUACACCAAGUCGCACUUGACGCCUGAGCACGGUAACGCUGCUCAGCCUGUCGAUAAAGCGCAGGCCAGCAGAAGCGGCACCAGCACGGGGGAGGCGCUGCCGCAUAUUGAGACGUGCCGCAUAUUGAGUCACCUGAGGAAGAGUCACCCGUCGGCGCUAGACCCGCCCGGUACCGCCACGGUCGUCGGUUUCGGGCGCUGGGGAGGCGAGAUGGCACAGCGCCGCGCAGAUGGUGGUGAGCGCUGCGGCAGCGGUCCUCCGGGGCGGUGUCACGUAUCCGCACGCGCCGCCGUGCGUGAGGGCGAGGACCAAACAUCGAACCCGCCACCCAGCGUACCGCCGCGAAUAUCUGUUAUGAAGCAUGUGCUGACAAACCACUGUCAUGAUCUGGAGACGCUUAUUGCCGAACCACAAAUGCAACUGAAGCGCUUCCCUGGUGAGGAUGAGCCGUUUCUUAGGUUGCAACGGGCGCUUUCUGAGGCUGCGUCGUAG